AUGAAGCGAACCAUGUUCAGAUUCCAGGCCAUUUUCAUGGUGUUGCUUCAUGGCAGUCCCGCUUACUAUAAGAACUGGUCUACCGCCGACCACGUCAUCCAGUCACUGUCUGGUUCCGACACGAACAGCUUUCCUCCCAAGAUGCGCGUAGCCCUCGUAGCAGUACUUGUGCUGGUGAUGGUCGCCAUGGCAAUGGCAGACCCCGACCCCGGGUAUGGGAAAGGGCAUGGCGGCCAUGGACACGGAGGGUACGGCAAGGGCCACGGCCACGGAGGGUAUGGCAAGGGCCAUGGCCAUGGUGGAUAUGGUAAAGGCCAUGGACAUGGAGGGUACGGCAAGGGCCACGGCCACGGAGGAUACGGUAAGGGCCAUGGUCAUGGUGGAUACGGCAAAGGACAUGGCGGAGGCUACGGGCACGGAGGGUAUGGCAAAGGUCACGGCGGAGGUUAUGGGCAUGGUGGUCACGGAGGCUACGGACACGGAGGUCACGGUUACCAUUAAUAGCAGAGAACAACUACGUUAUAUAAAUAAAUAAAUAAA